AUGGGCAUCUUCGCCGCAAUCCUCGGUCUCAUCGGCUCUGGUCAAAUCGCCUUUACAGGCUAUAAUCUAUACCUCUCCUCCAUCGCCAUCCCCAAGCUCCUUUCCUACGAAGACAAAGCCAUCAGCGCUGCCAAAUAUUCAAAUAUUGCCGAGAAUCAACUAUUCAAAACAAGGAGUACGCAAGCAGCCAGUGUUGGAGCUCUCCUCCUAACCCUCAUAACCGCUACCCCUUUUCUUCUAUUCCCAUAUGCAGGUAGUGUGAUAUUCGCCCUCGCGUUGGUGAAUAUAGCGGUUUUGCUUGUGGCGAGAGAAUAUGUGGGGGAUUUUUGGAAGGGGAAGACGAAAUUGCCAAUUCCUGGGACGGGCGAUUUUAAUGAUGCGAUUGGGUUGACGAAUGAGGUGAGGGAGAAUCAAUUGUUUUUGGCGAUGAGUUGGGGGGUUUAUGGGGUGGUGGGGUUGUUGGCGUAG